AUGGUGGUGAUCAGCAUUGGUUUCGGCGCUGACUUUUUGGAUAGCUUCUCGAUUGAAGACUUGCAGCGUCCCUUUGAACUGAUUCGCAGUGAGGGUUCUUUGUCCCAUCCUGAGAACGGUGGACACCGGGUUAGCACGAAGAUGCUGGAAGCCACAUGCCAGGCUUUGUGGAACGUGUCAGCUGCCAGGGCUCAAAGCUCUGUGGCAGCAGACAAGUACCAGAUUUGGGAAGGAACGGCCAACGAAUCCUUCAGGAUUACCAUAAAGGGAGUGGGUGCCGAACGUUGGUUCAAAGGUUUCAUAGAUGACAAUGGGGCCAAUGCGUUGGCAGUGGUCUUCAGCAACUUCGAUCGCUACAUAAAGUCCCUACUUUCCGCUACGAUGCUUAAGGUCCUGAUGGCUACGGCCACAUCGUAG